AUUUAUUUACACGCAGACACGCAAACUGAGGAUCCAUCAUCCAAAACAGCGCACAAACGCACGACUUGUGAUUUGUGGUCUCCAGAAGCCGCGGAGAAUAAAGCCGGGAGGGGAAUUUGUCCACCAGAGCGCACUCAUCCUGUUGGGUGAAAAACGCAAGCGUGUGUGUUCGUGUUCAGGUCUCUGCUGACGUGUUUAAAUCUCUGUAUCCGUGCGUAGCGCUGCCAUUCUCGCUCAUAACGCUGCGUAUCGAGACAGUGUACGCGGUGCGGUGUUGUGCGGUGCGGUGUUGUGGUGUGCGGUGCGGUGCGGUGCGGAGCGCACGUUAACGUUAUAGCGUUCAUUCGACGCGCGCUUACGGCCGCGCUGUAAAGUGAAGCGGCGGAUGCUCAGAGGGAUAUAUAUUCGGAAUUCGGCUCAUUUUCGCAAAUGAAAAAGGAAACAUGGAGCCAAGCCUGGCCUUAUUGCUCACCAGCUUCCUCGGCUGGUGCUCGUGCUCGAGUUUCCCAAGUAACAUUAAUAUAGGCGGUUUGUUCCCGACCGACUCGCACGAAUAUGAGGUGUUCCGAUUUGCGCUCUCUCAGCAGCAUGAGCUCCCCAAACUGGUGCCACAAGUGGACAUGGUGGACGUGGGCAGCAGUUUCGCCAUGACAUACGCAUUUUGUUCCCAGUUCUCUAAGGGAGUCUACGCCAUCAUCGGUCUGUACGACAAGAAGACCAUGAACAUGUUGAUGUCGUUCUGUGGGGCUCUGCACGUCUGCUUCGUCACACCCAGCUUCCCAAUCGACACCAACAAUCAGUUUGUAAUCCAGCUCAGGCCCCAGCUCCAAGAUGCUCUGAUUGGCCUUGUGGAACACUACAAGUGGACCAAAUUCGUCUACAUGUAUAGUUCAGAUUCAGGACUGACCGUUUUACAGAAGAUCCUGGACACUGCUGCAGAGAAGAGCUGGCAAGUGACAUCCAUCAACUUUGAUACUCUUACAGAGGCAGCAUUCCUUAACUCCAUUCAGGACCUGGACACCAAAAAAGAAAACAAGAUCAUUCUGGACUGUGAGCUAGAGAGACUUAACUCCAUUCUUAACCUGAUUGCAGCACAAAGAAAGAAUCUGAAGAAUUAUCACUUCAUCCUGGCAAACCUGGGCUUUCUGGACCUGAAUUUAACAGAUUUCAGGAAAGGUGGAGCCAACAUCACAGGAUUGCAGCUAAUGAACUACACAGACCCUAGGGUUAGCAGGACCAUCGACGACUGGCUGGAGUUUGACAGCAAAGACUUGAAGAGCCCUAAGAGGAGACUCAAGUACACAGGAGCGCUCACCUAUGAUGGUGUGAGCGUCAUGGCUACUGCUUUUCAAAACCUCAGGAAGCAACGUAUCGACAUCUCCCGGCGGGGGAACGCAGGCGAAUGUCUGGCCAACCCUCCAGCACCGUGGGGCCAAGGCAUCGACAUCCAGAGAGCCCUCCAACAGGUGCAGUUUGAAGGUCUGACAGGACACGUCCAAUUCAACGAGAAAGGACAUCGAACUAACUUUACAGUCAGUGUAAUGGAGCUCGUCCAGAGUGGACCCAAGAAGGUGGGCUACUGGAACGAAAACGAGAAGUAUGUGAGCACGGCGACGUACGCCCCCUUGCUCAACGAGACGUUCGGCAUGCACAAUAGGACGUACAUAGUCACCACCAUUCUAGAAUCUCCCUAUGUGAUGCUGAAGAAAAAUCACGAGCACCUGUCAGGGAACGAUAAGUACGAGGGAUACUGUGUGGAGCUGGCUGCCGAGAUCGCCAAACACGUAGGCUACUCCUACAAGCUGGAACUCGUACCAGACGGCAAGUACGGAGCCCGAGACCCCGAUUCCAAAAUGUGGAACGGGAUGGUUGGAGAGCUGGUGUACGGGAAAGCUGACAUAGCCGUGGCUCCUCUCACCAUCACUCUGGUCCGAGAGGAGGUCAUCGACUUCUCCAAGCCCUUCAUGAGCUUGGGCAUUUCUAUAAUGAUCAAGAAACCCACCAAAUCCAAACCAGGCGUCUUUUCCUUCCUGGACCCGCUGGCGUACGAGAUCUGGAUGUGUAUCGUGUUUGCGUACAUCGGCGUUAGCGUGGUCCUGUUCCUGGUGAGCCGCUUCAGUCCGUAUGAGUAUCACGGCGAUGAAUCAGAGGAAGGUGGCGAGCAGCAGAGCCAGAACCGGACGCCGUCUCCGGAACCCGGACAGUCGCAGGGACAACAAGGCCAGAGCCCCAGCCAGCAAGACAAGCAGGAAAGAGGACCCGAGUACAACAAUGAGUUUGGGAUCUUCAACAGUCUGUGGUUCUCUCUGGGUGCCUUCAUGCAGCAAGGCUGCGAUAUUUCACCAAGAUCACUCUCUGGUCGUAUAGUUGGAGGCGUCUGGUGGUUCUUCACCCUCAUCAUCAUCUCCUCCUACACGGCCAACCUGGCUGCCUUCUUGACUGUAGAGAGGAUGGUGUCACCCAUCGAGAGCGCAGAAGACCUGGCCAAGCAGACAGAGAUCGCCUACGGCACCUUGGAUGGAGGAUCAACCAAAGAGUUCUUCAUGAGAUCAAAAAUAGCCGUGUUUGAGAAGAUGUGGUCCUACAUGAAGUUUGCAGAUCCCUCAGUGUUUGUAAAGACCACCGACGAGGGAGUGAAGAGAGUGCGCAAGUCCAAAUACGCUUAUCUGCUGGAGUCCACCAUGAACGAGUACAUCGAGCAGCGUAAACCCUGCGAUACUAUGAAGGUGGGCGGAAACCUGGACUCAAAAGGGUAUGGGGUCGCCACUCCUAAAGGAUCUGACUUAAGAAACCGAGUAAACCUGGCAGUGUUAAAACUGAACGAGCAGGGCCUGUUGGACAAAUUGAAAAACAAAUGGUGGUACGACAAGGGCGAGUGCGGCAGCGGGGGAGGUGAUUCCAAGGAUAAGACCAGUGCCCUGAGCCUCAGUAAUGUGGCAGGGGUUUUCUACAUCCUGAUUGGAGGACUGGGGCUAGCCAUGUUGGUGGCCUUGGUCGAGUUCUGUUACAAGUCCAGAAUCCAGUCUCGGAGAAUGAAGCAAAUCAUCGAUGCAGCAAUGUUGGGCUCCAGCCUGAGCCACAUGGGCAGCGGAGGUGAGAACGGCCGUGUGGUGGCUCACGAUUUUCCCAAAGCGGCACAGACUCUGCCCUGCAUGGGCCAAGCAGCCGGCAUGGGAAUCAACACCGGCGGCAUGUAAACGCCCCUGGACAGAAAACGCAUAAAAACACAUGAACUUCAGCCAAAAGAAGGACUAACUCAUUUUACACUCUGAACUCACGAUGAGAGAACAGAAUCGGUGGAAAUCUUUUUCUAAUAGACCUUUGAUGAGUUUUUUUGCUUAUCUGGUGCAAUAAGGAGCCUGAAUGGGAGUUUUUUGUAUGAAGCAUCGUUUUCUUCGGAGACUUUAACACCGAAGCUGGAUAAAUAGUGACACUUGCACUAUUACUAUGACACUAUGUACGACUUUUGUUUGGUCUCGUUUGAUUUGUCAGUGUCUUGAUGACGACGAACCUGUUAUUUUGUUUCUUGUUGACCUGCUCGUGAAUAGCUCCUUCCCCCUGAAGCCCCUGACACCCCCAUGCUGAUGAAGUAUGAUGCAUUUGUUUGUCUCAUCACCCUCAUUAAAGUCACCGGCCAAACCUCCUCUGAAGCCCCGAUGAGAUCCCUCCAGAAUGAAAAAAAAAAAAACAGGAUCUGAUCGCUCGCACUUGUCAUAUCCUGCGCUCUGUCUCCUUCUGCCCUGGCGUACAUGAUGAAUCACCUGCUCGCAGUCUCCGAGCUGUGAUUAGAUCUCGGAGAAAGAGCAAUCUAGAGAGCAUGUGAAAGCGUAGGAGAGUCAGAGCCCAAGCUAAGACAAAAAGACAAAGCAGGAAAAAAAACAGUUCAUUCGAAUGUUUUCAUCCGGCAUUUUUUUCCACGUGUUGUUUACAUUUUUUCACGCUUGAGCAAAGUUUUACGAGUGUGUCCAUCCUAGAGUGCUCUGUAAGGUGUUGGAACUUGCGACUGGAGAUAUGCAGAAAACCGCUGAAGGAAAUGGGAUGAAUUGGACGAUGUUGAUGCAAUACCUUGAAAACACUUUAGGAAAUACUGCCUUUAGCAACAUCAGGAGUAAGGAUUGAUGUGAGUUAAAUAAGAAAGUAGCUCCCUCACAUUUUUUUUAAAGAUUUUAUGCCCACAAAUUAAAGUGGACACAAAGGCUAAUAGUAGCAUCCCAAGUCUUAUGUUCUUUAAACCUCAAACCUAAAGCUUGUUGUUUAAACGAUGAUGUUUAAAUUGGUCACGGUUCGAAGAGUGCGUCACAAAUCUCAUACUUGUUCACUAUUCAGCACUGUUCUGUAGUAUAAAUAGGGUAGAGAACAUCCUAGCUUGCGUAGAGGAAGGGGCGGGGCUAGAAAACACGGCCACCGGAUGAGAAAAAUUUUCAAGAUGGCCGGCAAAACUCUUUAUUUGUUCAAAAAAAUGUUUAAUUGUGCUACACAGAACGACGCCGUAAAGCACAAGAGAUCAUUUUGCACAACUGCAACGUCACGUCACCUUUUCAGCUUUUUAGCCUCAGAUCAUCAGCAACCUUCUGUAAGUUUCCUCUAUAAACUCUACGGCACACUGUAGCCACAACGCAGUGGAGGCCACGUGGCUACGAUACCUGUAGAAUAGAUCGUUUCCUUUUUUUAUACCGGCAUUGAUUUUUAAAAAAGGAAAAAAAAGAAAAGAAAUAAAUACGCAUAUAAAUAACAUCAUUUCCACUAACAAGAAAAAAGAAUAUGAUGUCGUACAUUUGUGGUGUUUUGAUAGAUUGUUUUCAUUUAUUUUUGCUCCUGUAUUUAUGGUGCAGUUUUUAAUCCCCUCUGUAUAUUGUUUCCUUCAUGUUUUUUUUUUAUUAGUUUUUUUUAUUAUUAUUAUUAUUAUUAUUUAUUUUUUAUUUUUUUUUAUUUUGAUGAUGUAGAUUUCUUUUGAAAUCCUUUUCAGGGCUGUCUUGUAACUUUUUACACAUGUCAGUGUUACAAAAUACCUUUCAGAAACCGCACAGGUGAGUCUGAAUUCAGAAACUGUUCAAAAAAAAUAUGUUGACAUGUGUUGCUCAGAAAUAAACUUUUCUAAGCACAAUGGUGGGUUUGUGGAUCAAAGGUCCUUCCUUCUCUCUCUUUCUCUCUCUCUCUCUGUUUCUCUCUCUUUCUCCUUCUCUCUUUCCUUCUCUGCCUCACACGUUUUCACAAGAAAGGUGAAUCGAAUUUAAAGCGGUAAUUCUUUCACAAUUGCUUCUUCAAAUCCUCAUUUCAGACUGGAUUGUGCUUGGGUGCUCAGGGUUAUGCGCUUCACUCAGGCUCAUUUACUCCCUAUUGUGGCGUUCUGUUUUACCUCCUCCUCUCCAACAGCUCAGUCGAACAGCACAACAGAUGAUUUUAUCCCCACCGCCGAAAUGCAUCCAUAUAAAAUAACUAUUUACGGGACCUUUGCGCUGCGGAGUUCUUUCUGAUGCUUCUCGCAAUUCACUAUCGAUCUCAACAAAUGCCACAUUUGUUCUCUCUCUUUCAUUUCCCCCAUAGACUUGGCCUUUCCAGACAAGCCGCUCAGCAAAAGUAGCCAGUUGUUUUUUUUUUUUUUUUUUCCGUUUUUUUUCUACAAAGUCAAUCACCAGAAAGUGCCUGCGGCUUUCAUGUGUGUUUCAGUAUUCAAUAACGUAGGUCUGUCUGCUGGGACUAAAGCCAUACCUGCCCGUGCUAUUCCUAAUGCACAUUUACUACACAGUAGAGAAAUAUACUUGGAAAUAUUGCUGUUUUGACACAUCUGCAACAUCUCCACUGCCUCGAGCUAACCACUGAAUACAUCUUUUUUUUUUUUUACUUCAUGCAUUACACUGGUGUGGAGUUCAGUAAAGUGUAGAACUUGAUUGUGAAGAUGAUAUUUUCCUUUCAAACUACACACAUUCCAUUACACUCAAGAGAAAUUUGUCAGAGGAGAAAUUGAAGAAAAAAAAUGGUGCUGUUCUACAAAAAAUGACAUACCACAUCAAAGCUUAUUUUUCCAAUAAUAUAAAGUGUUUUAUUUCUUUUACACCAUAGAGUUUUAAAGUUGUAUGU